AUGUUGUUGACGAAGUACGAGAGAAACUCUAGUAGAGUUUAUGGACUCAGCUUCCACCCUACAGAACCAUGGAUCCUCGCCGCUUUAGACACUGGUGUGAUCCAGCUCUGGGAUUAUCGCAAGGGUACUUUGAUCGAUAGAUUUGAGGAGCACGAAGGACCUGUUCGUGGUGUUCAUUUCCACAUUUCAAAAUCUUAUUUCGUGUCAGGAGGUGAAGAUGGCAUUAUUAGAGUUUGGAACACACCUUCUCAAGCUCCCCCAGAAGUUGCAACUAAUGCCAGAACAAAACAAGUCCGCAAACACAAAAAGAAACCAGUCAGCAGCCUUUUCACUCUUACUGGGCAUGGUGCUUGUAUCCGGACUGUCCAAUUCCACCACGAAAACCCAUGGAUUGUGAGUGCUAGUGACGACAAGAGCAUCAGAAUAUGGAACUGGAGAAAAAAAAAGUGUAUUUCCAUCUUAAAUGGUCACACCGAAGCGGUUAUGUGUGCGUCAGCGUAUCAGUCAACUAUUGUAUCAGCCUCAUUGGAUAGGACUGUGCGUGUCUGGGAUACUGCUUCUCUUGCGAGCAAGUCGGUGUCUCCUCCUAAAGACAUCAAACCCAUGAAUGAGCUUCGAGGCCAUGAUAAUGGAGUAAACUGGGUCUGUAUUCAUCCCACCCUUCCUCUCAUUGUCUCUGGUGCAACUGACGGUCAAGUAAAGCUGUGGCGUAUGAAUGCUGAAACUAAAGCUUGGGAGGAGGAGGCUACACUGCAGGGCCAUAGGAAGAACGUUUCGUCAGUUAUGUUCCAUACGAAACAGGACAUGAUUGUAUCCAGCUCUAAGGAUAGAAGCAUUCGUGUCUGGGAUGAUAACACCAGAGCUGGAAUCCAAACCCAUACCCGUGUACGUGAUGGGUUCUUGAUUCUUGCAGUUCACCCUGAGAUUGACUUGCUUGCAGCAGGACAUGAUAAUGGUUUCAUGGUGUUUAGACUUGAGAAAGAACGUCCUAUCUACGCUUUAACCAAAAAAGAGAAAAAGAACCAUAAUGAAAUCUGGUGGGACUUGGAGAAUGCUCCAGUCCCACAUCAUCUCAAAUCAUCAUCUCAUCAAUUGUAUGACAUGAUUGUCAAGAAAUUAAGACAACAAGGCUUCAAGGGCUCAAUCACUAUUACGGCCGUCGUAGCAUAUAGUGAUUCCUUUCGGCCCUGUCUUGGAGAUGAUAUUACUGUUGUUGUCGCAAAAAAUGAGCCAAGGCCUAAGGACAUUGUUACCCGUAAUAACCAAGCAGCUGAUGAGAAAAUAGAAGAGUUGGUUGAUGAAUGGCUUGAAGAGCAGCGUAAACCUGGCAAUGGGUUUAUCAUUUCAGGUGAUACUGGAUUUGAAAAAUCAUUCGUAAAGCUGAAUCAGAAUGGUCACAGCAGUUUUUCCAUCAUUGAGAAAGGAGAAAACGACGAUACACCAACGGACAUCACACGUGUCGUGAAACAAUAUUGGAUGUGGAGAGGGGACAUACUCCCUUUGGAGGAAAAGAGAGGAGUUGAAGUCAAGGUUAAUGCUAAAAAGAGGAAGAAUGACCGAUCCUUUUUCAAGAGUUCCAUUGAUAAUGAGAAGAAGGAGAAGGCAAAGGAGAAGAAGCUCAAGAAGGAGCAGAUAAAGAAGAGGAAGAAAAGAGAGGAAGAACAGUGA